AUGGGAAACAUCUUUGGAAACUUGCUGAAGACACUAAUAGGGAAGAAGGAGAUGAGGAUCUUGAUGGUGGGGCUGGACGCGGCGGGUAAAACCACCAUCCUGUACAAGCUGAAGCUGGGAGAGAUCGUCACCACCAUCCCCACCAUCGGCUUCAACGUGGAGACGGUGGAGUACAAGAACAUCAGCUUCACGGUGUGGGAUGUGGGCGGCCAGGACAAGAUCCGGCCCCUGUGGAGACACUACUUCCAAAAUACGCAGGGCCUGAUCUUCGUGGUGGACAGUAACGACCGGGAGCGGGUGAACGAGGCGCGGGAGGAGCUCAUGAGGAUGCUGGCGGAGGAUGAGCUGCGGGACGCCGUGCUCCUGGUCUUCGCCAACAAGCAGGACCUGCCCAACGCCAUGAACGCGGCGGAGAUCACGGACAAGCUGGGCCUGCACUCCCUGCGCCACCGCAACUGGUACAUCCAGGCCACCUGCGCCACCAGCGGGGACGGCCUCUACGAGGGCCUGGACUGGCUGGCCAAUCAGCUGAAGAACAAGAAGUGAGGCGGGGCUGCCGGUUCGACGGGGGGCAGUGGGUGGGGCUAGAGCUGAAGUUCAUUAGAGUGUGGAUGUAAAAAAUCAGUUUUUUGCUUUUUGGGGUCUUUUCACAACAGUGUACUAGGAGGGUGGGAUGGAUUGAGGGGCACGGGUUACAUUGUUUUUAAUAACCCAGAAGAUGUCAGAGUGGGUUUUGAGCGUGUUAUUGUCUGAAUCUGUUUGUGGCCGUCAUAACCUUGUGCACAAACUCCCAUGCUGGCCUGUGAAUACUGCUGUGUGUUUAUUUCAACGCGAAUCCUGCUUGGUUUACGGUCUAUCGGUCCCGAGCCCCAGGGCUGGGCCCGCCUGCUAAUUUCGAUUCGGUGCAAAGAAUUUUGCGCUCCGCUUUCGUCAGUGGCAUUGAUUAUAAUUAGUGAUGUUUAUCCCGGCAAAUGUGACAAAGGAAUGCAUGCUUAGCCAUUUGGAUUCCACUUCACUGGCUCAAACUAUUCACAGGAUGUACAAAUGAGUGUGAAGCACUGAAUCCCUUCAAUGAAGAGGGCAAUUACCUGCCUCAGCUUCAGUAUUUAUUUGCUUUUGCUUAAGUAAUCAGAAGUAAUUGAUUACUUUGCCAUCUGAAUAUUUGUGUGUAAGUUAAUCUGCCCGUCUAGUUAAAUGCAAAUUUUAAUUACCCUGUGAAAUCAACGUGCAGGACCAGAUAGGGCAUCUGUUGUGUCAAAACUGUCAGUGUGGGUUUUAAAGAACUAGCAGCCAUCGACAGACACCAUGCUUUAAUGGUGGUUAAUGGUGGUGGCAUUUAGGCAGUCAGCUCAGAUCAGGGCAUUUAGCUAACAGAUGAAUAUAAAUAAAGUGUGAAUGGGAAAUUCAGAUAGGUCCAUAGUUUAGACAGCAAAAGUGCAAGCUUGAAAAAGUCUGCAAUGGCAUCAUAUGUAUAAACUCUCCUCCCAUCUCUGGUACAGUAUAUUUUACCAUCUCCUCUGGUCUUUAUCUAUUGCCAGUCUUGCUGGCUCUUUGAAAGAAACCUGUUCCUGGGGGAACGUGCGCUUACAUCACACCUCUUGGACUUAUUCAGUCUUAUCCAAAAAUAGCUGGUGUGUGUGCAGGUUUUGUUUUAAGCUUAUCAAGGUCUUGAUUGAAGACCAUAAUUAGUUAAUUAGUUGAAUCGGGUUUUGAAUUGCUUGCACCCACACCAGCCUUUUUGGGUAAGACUGGACACCCCCACUUUAGACAGCAGUUCUUUCUGCCCUGGCAGGUUGAAGGUAGGCCAGGGGGACUGGACAAAAACUGUGAGCCACUGCAUCAACUUCCUAAAUGAUUUAAAUUUAUAUUAUGUUUAAAACUUCUAUUUGUUUUUCUUGUGUAUGCAGAAAGGACUGUGAUUUAUUUAUUCUUUCUGAAUUUUUAUUGAAAAGUGUGUUGUUGUAUUUGUUUCUGUAUUCUGUUAUAAUGGAGAACCAAAUUGCUUAUGUUUUGAAAAGAAUAAUUUCAUUUAUUCUGUGUAAUUUCAAAGUGGACGUGCUCACUUUGACUCAAAUUGAACACGAGAAAACUAAAAAUGGGCGUGCAGUAUAAAAAUCAUUUUCAGGAGAAAUUUCUGUUUUGUUAGUUUUCAACUCAAGCUUGUGAAGACUUUUUAGAUGACUGAUUGUUAGGAAUAGAGUUUCCUAACUAUGGGAACAAGAUAUAGACAUAAAACGUGUUGACCCAAAAGAAAGUGAAAUUAAGUGGCACAAGUGGCAGUAUGUGCAUGCAUGUAAAAAAAAGAAUUAAAUUUUUUUAAAUUGGGUCGCUUUAGCUUUUCAACUUCUGCUGCCACAAAAAUUGUCUCACGGCUUUAAAAAAUGUUGUCAUUCAGACACUAAUUAGUAGCUGUGUUAAGACGGCUCCCUUCUCAUUAAACCAUUAAACCACUCGUUCAAGUGUAUGGAAUUGCUGUAACAGCUUGAGUGUGUGUAUAUACAGUAAUGAUGUUUUUCUCUAUAAUAUUCUUGUCACACUAAAAGAUAUUUUGGGGGGCUGAGGAGGAAGUGACAGAUACUCUUGUACAGAGACGGUGGUUUGUCAUUUAUGAUUGCAAUUUAUUUACUGCUUUUACAGUUCUGCUACUUAAAAAUAAAUAUCCUCCAUAGUCUGUUUUAAAUCAAUUAUAUGCCACGUUGAAUGUUUUUUUAUUAAUAUUAUCUUCCUUGUGAACUAGAAUAAGUGUGAUUAUUUAUGAAGGGAAAACGUUCAUACAGUUUUGAGGUUAGUCCCGGUUAUGGUCCUGUCCGUUUGAAGUACUGUAGUGGUUGUCUGUACAUAACACUGAUUUAUCAACCCUUUGUGUGUGUAAAACUGGCAGAUGUCUCUUCCAUUGAGACUGUAAUAGUAUGUUAAACAGAGUUAUUUUUGUGGCCUUACAGAGAUGCUAUAUUCAUUUAAUUUAAUUUUACCUGGAAGGGCAAUGACUAAUAUAAUACAAUAUGCUUGUUUUGCAAAAAUGUAUUUUCUGUUAAUAAUUAUAAUUUGCUCAUGUAACAAGCUUUUGUUUGUUUUUUUGGAAUACAUUUUUGAUGUAUGUUUUAAAUAUGAAUUGGAGCUGGAAGGUUUAUAUUUAUUUUGUUUUGUUAAACUGAAAUUUGAAUAGGUUCUCAUGUUUUUUAGGAUUCUUAAGACUUUUGGCUGGAGGUUUAGUGCAGGUUGCUGAAACUUGUUCCUGGACGGCUGUUCUGUCUGUAGGCUGCCCUGACCAUCUGAUUCAACCAGUUAUUUUUAUCAAUCAACAUAUCAGUCAGUCACUGUCAUUCUGUAUACCCUUCAAAUUUGGAAUGCCCAGUUGCCCUAAACGGCCCAUCUCAUUGCUGAAUUGUCCAAUAGGGGUUCAGGGGUGUGGAGACCAGCCUGGAUAUACUAGUUAUGCAAAUGAGGUGCAGGCUGACUGCAGAUGCCCAACCGACCAGAUGAUUCAAAUUGUGCAUUGAGACUGGGAGAAUUUUUACUAGACUGAAGCCCACCAUCUCCGGGCAACGCCACAGCCAAUUAGGAGCUGCCUGCUACAGUCGGCACUGGCACAGUAAUGAUUCUGUAUAAGACUAUACAGAAUGAUUCCAUGCAUUAUAUACUGGAGUGCAGAGCAGAUCACUGCACAUUCAAGUGCAUCAGUCCUUCAGCCAAUUACACCACCCUAAAAACCCGCCAAUCACUAUUUAUUUGCCCAAGAUAUCAACCAAUUGCUGUCUUUAUUGAACCAAUAUAUUAACCAACUACUGUUGAACAAAGUUAGCUUCCCACCCCCAGAAGAGCUGGUGAUCUAGAUGUAGCCCUCAAAGCCUAGAUGCGAGUUGGUCUGGUUUAAUGUGUAAGGUCAAAAUUGGAGGGCUAGACUGUGUAUAAUAAUAUGGGUACUGGGGGAAAAUGAGUGAAAUGAACGCCUGUAAGGGACAGACGAGUGUUUGGGAGGUGGAGUCACAGCUUGCCCCUGCAGUAGCUGUGCUGGAAAAUAAAGAUGCUUUUCCUCUGUAUGACUGUUCA